ACUCAGGGGAGGUGGCGCCCGCAGCCGGUCUCCAGGAGCGGGCGGGACGUCUGUCGGAGGAUGAGGGGAGGCUCUGCUAAGUGCUUCACCUGCGUUAUCCCCGCGUCUGCAUCAGGAAACCAGUCCCUCUGUUGUGGCUGAGGGAGCUGAAGCCCAGUAACUCCGCCCGGGGCAGGGACACACCCCUCAGCCCUCCCCUUGCCAGCCUCGCCCCUGCACCUGCACGGGGAGCGUCUGCCUACCGUCCUCCGAGCAUCUUUUGUCUCGCCGGAUCCUUGGCCGUCUGAGGGAAUACCGCCCGGUAGAGGGCUCAGCGCCUACCUUCGAGGUUGUGUACGCCCGGACCAGUCGACGACGAACACAAGAUCAAGUGCUCCAGAGACCGGGCUGUCCAGAGGCCGGAGCGGUGGCAAUCGGCUGGAGUCGCUGGACGCAUCAGGAAGGCGGCUGAGUUCACAGGACCAACGAAAGGGCCUUCCAGGUCUGGGACGCCAAAGCAAAGACUCACAGGCUCCUUCUUACAGUUGUCCAUGAUGCCCCAGAAACCUGGAAAUGACCCUCCUCAUGUGUCCACUACAAGUGACACGGAAACGGAGAUACGUGACAUGAGAGAAAAGUUUCUUUCAAGUGUGACCAAGUUAGUAGAAAGCAAAAGUUACAACAGCAAGGUAUUUUCCAAAGAAAAGUACUUUCAAACGAUAAAGGAAGUCAAAGAAGCUAAGGAAAAGGGGAAGAAGUCCUCGCGUGACUACCGCCGUGCGGCAAAAUACGACGUGAUCUCCGUGCAAGGCACAGAGAAACUGAUCGAGGCGACCCACGGAGAACGCGACCGAAUUCGGUAUUAUGUGCAUAAGGAAGAGUUGUUUGACAUUCUCCAUGAUACACAUCUCAACAUUGGACACGGUGGGCGGACACGCAUGCUCAAGGAGCUACAAGGAAAGUAUGGGAAUGUCACCAAAGAGGUCAUUGUCUUGUACCUGACGCUCUGUAAACAGUGCUACCAGAAGAACCCGGUACCCAAGAGAGGUCUUGCCCUCAAGCCCAUGCCUUCGAAGGACGCUGACUCCAGAUGCCAAGUUGAGGUCCUGGACAUGCAGUCAAAUGCCGACGGUGAGUUCAAGUUUAUCUUGUAUUACCAGGACCGCUUAACCAAGUUUAUUAUUUUACGGCCGUUGAAAGCGAAGCGGGCCCGUGACGUGGUCAGUGUCCUCUUGGAUGUCUUCACGAUUCUUGGUACACCUCGUGUGUUAGACUCUGGCAGUGGCGUGGAGUUCACAAACCAGGUUGUGCAUGAGCUCAGUGAGGUAUGGCCAGACCUAAAGAUUGCCUGUGGUAAGCAGCGCCCUGGCCAGGGCCCGGGCUCCCUGGAGCAAGUCAGCCACGAUGUCAAGAACAUGGUAAGGGCCUGGAUGCAGAGUAACCGCUCACGUCACUGGGCAGAAGGCCUGAGAUUCAUACAGAUGGUGAGGAAUCAGCUGUUUGACGUGUCCCUGCAGCAAAGUCCAUACGAGGCUAUGUUUGGUUUUAAGGCCAAACUUGGGCUGUACUCUUCGCACUUACCCCGGGAAACCGUGGCCAUCUUACAAACAGAGGAGGAGCUAGAAAUUGCUGAAGAACAGCUAGAGAGUAGCCUUUGGAUGGGGCAGGAAGAAAGGGCUGAGGUCGCAGCAGACAGAUCUGAUGUGGACGAGGACCUCGAUCCCACCGCUCCAGAAGCAGCAGAGCCCAGCACCUCACAUGGGGCCCCACGUCUCUUUUGCUGGUGACCAGGCACCUGCCGAGUGGGCGCCAUACGGCCCUUGGGGAACUGCCACCAAAUUCCCUGGGGAAAGGGGCUCGAAGGGUAGACCUUCCCGUCGGUCAAAUUGUCCAUGGCAGCCCUUGCUUGAAGGGGCAAACCUGGUGAGGUCUGUGACCUGGGGCCACCAUGACAAAUGACCGCAGUCUUAGCAGCCUAGAACAGCAGGAACUUACCCUCUCGUCCUUCUGGGGCCAGAAAUUCAGAAUCGGGGUGUUGGCAGGGUCUGCCUCUCCUGGAGGCCCCGAGGAAGAAUCCAUUCUGUGCCUCUGGCCUUUCUCUGAUGGCUGUUGGCAAUCCUUGGCUUGUACAAGGCCAGUCUCUGCCCCAUCUUCCUGCGGGUCUCCACAGGGCCUCCUGCCCUCGGUCUCCAUGUGUGUUCUCCUUUUCCAUCUCUUAGAAGGACCCACUGGAUACCAGAUCCAUGUCAUUGGGUUUAAGGUCCACCCCAGUGGAGGGUGAUCUCAUCUCGAGAGCCUCCCCUAAAUUAUGUUUGCAAAGCCCCUUUCCCCAAGUGGGGUCAGAGUCUCAGGUACUCGGGGUUUGGCCCUGGGCAUAACUUUCUGGGGGACAGAGUUCUACCAACUAUGGAGGAGUGUGUUUGCCUGCAGGAUGUGAACUGAUGGGGUCUUACCUGUGAAGCUGAUGGGGGUGCCCUCCCUAUUUCUAGUAAGCAUUCCUUCUGCCAAAUCCUGCUCCUCAGACAAUAUCCGAAAAGACAGGGCACAGAGGAAAAGAUGGAGAUGAAGGACAAGUCACGAGAGAAGACGUGGACCCAGCACACCCUGGGGACUGGCCACCUCAGCACCUGCUCUCUAUUUCCCGCCUCAAGAAAAACUGUAGGUGCCAUCCCGGCUCUCAGAACAGCCUGUGCAGGAACGGUGUGACCUGCCUGGAAGGUACUUUAAAAGUUGGCCAGAAUUAAGACAUGGCUAGGAUUUCAGUCUGAGUCUGCCGCUUGUCUCCGCCUUAAGAAUAGCAAAGCAUGUCUUUCUGGAACGGGUCAGUACAUUCCAGGAAGCGACCAGUCGCCAGGGACUCUGGAGCAAAGGGCAAACAUGGGCCAGAUGUCCCUGCUCUGGCCAGAGGAGACUAGAGCAAGGGCCAGUCUGGGUCAUGGUUCAGGGUAAGGAGAGCUGACCUGGACAAGGAGAAGGACAGUGCCUUGGAUCUGGGUUCUGCUGUGUUCCCACGGCCAAGACAAAGGCCUAGCCCGCUGGAGAUGUUCCGGGAGGAUCUGUCGUGGGAACAAAUAGUUCUACAGAGAUGACCACGGGAAGGAGAAGGGUCUGGUCUUUAUUCCCCCGUGCACCGUUCCUGCGUAUCCUGGGGCCGUUCAGGCCCAUUCUGA